UAGAGGGCAACCAAUAACCCCAAGCCCAACCCAUUAAUAACAGAAGACUGAAUAAAAGCAAAACCCUGGCUGUACCUCGCUUCCUCUUUGGAGCCUCUCUCUGUGCCGCUCUGUGAAAACGAAGACGCUGAGAAAUAUCUGAGAUUAGGUUCAGAGUUAGAACAACUGGAAAAUGCAGUCUAAGGAGGCUCCUGCUUCCAUGGAAGUAGAAGAAAAUCAUUCUGGACCAAAUUCUACAUCUGGUUCUUUGCCACCAAAGCCGAAGUUUGAGCCUUUGAAGCCUCAUGAGAUGUCUGAUGGUCAAAUUCAAUUCCGGAAAGUCUCGGUUCCUCCUCAUCGUUAUUCGCCUCUUAAGAAAGCAUGGAUGGAUAUCUACACGCCAAUAUAUGAGCAGAUGAAGAUUGACAUUCGAAUCAAUCUCAAGGCUCGCAAGGUUGAAUUAAAGACCAGAACAGACACACCUGAUGUUAGUAAUCUACAGAAGUCUGCCGAUUUUGUUCAUGCUUUCAUGAUGGGUUUCGAUGUGAUAGACGCCAUUGCACUUCUGCGGAUGGAUGAGCUCUAUGUGGAUUCUUUUGAGAUCAAGGAUGUUAAGACUCUUCGUGGAGAGCACUUGUCUCGUGCCAUAGGAAGAUUGUCUGGUAAAGGUGGUAAAACAAAGUUUGCGAUUGAGAAUGCUACAAAGACUAGGAUUGUAAUUGCAGACACCAAGAUUCACAUACUGGGGUCUUUUGCAAAUAUUAAGGUUGCUAGGGACUCUCUUUGUAGCCUUAUUUUAGGUUCACCUGCUGGAAAGGUGUAUUCAAAAUUAAGAGCAGUGACUGCUAGAUUGGCAGAAAGGUUUUGAUUCUGUAAGGCAGUAAAAGUUUUGAUUCUUCAUUUGUAAUAUUGUGAGUGAGUGUAGUUUGGCUUAGUGUUAAACAUGUGAGGAGCCUGUUAUGUCAAAUUACUCGAUUGUUAUGAUUUCAUGCAUACUUACAUUCCUUUCUUGGA